UGUAAGUUUCGUUUGGUUCUCCCUGUGCAAUGGCAACUAAUUUCAAAAUGUGGUCCAUUCAAAACUCUAUUUGGCACGAAAAGUGGGAUUGGAAACAUUUAUUCGUUUCCUUGAACGAUAAGCUCAUGAAGAAAAUACAGGGGCACCCUAUGCAUACAAAUGAGCCAGUUUGCAGUUUGGAAAGGCAUUUUAGACUUAGUCAUGAUUAAGGAAACACGGGGUUUUGAACAUUCUCAAGCAAUUAAUAGUGUCUUUUCCCUUUGAUACUGCUGGCUGAAAUUUCCAGGUCUACUGGAUCGCUUCAAAGUUCGAGCUGCUGAUAUUUGCGUGCCCUUUUUCCUGUUCAGCAGCGACCUCUCCUCCCACCGUAGCAGGAAAACGAAACAGGAUUAAACUAAAGUUGAAAACCCAGCGCUUUGCAGCUUUGCUUCAGUCGUAUUCGGCGACUGGCCUGAAUGCUGCUGUGCUUGUUCGUCUGUGUCGCCUUGAACGUUAGUGACUGUCGACCCCUCUAGACUAAGCCACCCGAAGAAAAUUUGUAACUAGCCAUCAAGAAUACAUUUCUAUACCCGAUUCACAACUAAAUUGAAAGCUUCCAAAUUUGUCAACGUUCGUCUAGCAAUACCGGUUCUACAAGACUUCUUCCCCCACUUGUGUUCAGUAUCCUUAGAACCCAGACAAUCGCCCAUAGGGACAUUAACAAACUUUCGACAAUGCUCCAAAAUUUGGCAAGUUACCUUCUAGGCGGCACUACAACUAAUCCAGGCCAAGCUGGAGGGGCCCUUAACAGCGACAGUGACAAUAGGGUGGCACUGCGUACGACUGAUUAUGACGAUGGAUGGACGAUGGUUGAUCGCGACUCGGAGGGCAACUCGGAUGAUUCCUCGCACGAUUCGGCAUCUGAGGACGAUAGCGACAGUGGGAUGGACGUUGUGCGACUCGGACGUGCGAGUUCAGUCGACUCGCUCGUUCACGUUCACGCUAUGGAAGAAAGCUGGUUCGUGACCCCGCCGCCCUGUUUUAGUUCUCAAACAGGUCCUGUUCAGUUGCGAACAUCGCCGCUUGAAAAUCUCCUAAUCGAGCAUCCAUCGAUGAGCGUGUAUCAACGUACUGGUAGCCGUCAUCCCCAUCUGCAUUCCCCUGCUCGAUCUAACGCAUCCGAAGGAGCAAUUGUGGUUGAAGAGGAAGUGAUGGAGGACAGUACUGUUGCGGAGGGAUCGAUGGUGGUUUACUGUCGUCCUCAUUCUCCUGCACGUCGCGCUAGACCUACAGUGCUUGUUAGCGGAAUCCACGAGGUCCAACUGCUGAAGCAUCGCCAGGCGCAAAAGAUCCAAACGAAGAAGGUGGCCAAACAAUUAACACGUGGAUACUUGAAGCGUGCAAACAAGGCUCGUGAAGUGAACGGUCAUAACUACAAUCCACGACGCAAGGAACGCAGCCAAGGUUCGAACCGUUCACAUGCUAGCAAUAACCGCAAAUGUUAAGGCACUUACAAUAUUUUGAUCUCAACUAAACCCGCUGAAGAAAGGCAAACAAUAGAAUAUAGCUUUUCUCCGUAGGUAUGUAAAUUAAUGUAUGUAAUUUAAGGCAAGGAAAUAACUCUAUCAAAAUACUGUUUUCUGCAAUAUUGAAGUUCCAUUUCUUAACUAGUAUUUAAAAUAUUUUUUUUAACGCACAAUGACGAGCUGACGAGGGAUUAGGAACUUCACCGCUGCAAAAAAUGAUCCGCAACGUUCAAUUUAGAAUCAGUUAGUGGCUAAGCUUAGAAGCCAUAAAAAGGAACGUGUUGAUUCCAAUAAAAAAAACGUACCUGCUAAAAUAAGUUUGAAGUCUGAGGAUUUUCAACACUCUGUUCCUUCGGAUAAACUGAUAAUAAUCACAAAAAAUACAAGCUUAAUUCAAACAUCCAAAUUUUUUCUGUGUUCAAUUUAUGCGUUUUAUCGGGGAAUAGAACAAAUCAUCUAUUUCACUUUAAUAAGAAAAGAUCACUUCUAUGCUUUGUAAGAAAAAUACUUUAGCUUAGUGCGUGGAAACUGCCUUCAUCGCAGCUUGUAAAUAUUUUUACCGGCAAAUCGAGUCAACCAUCACCACGACAUUACCUCUCUAAUUCGGUUAGGACAAAUAAUCUAUUUCACGUUAGUAUUUAUUUCAUUUAACCGUAUUAUGAUUAAUGAUCAUUCAUCAUAGUGCGCGGAAACAUACAAAGAAUAUAUAAGAAAGACAAAAGAAUCUUAAUUCCAUACUUGACUUAGAUCGUCCCGGCUUGAUUUUUUCGUUUAACCACGAAAGAAAGGGUUCUUAGUGGGAAACCCAGCCAAUCAUCAUCACCAGAUUCACUCUAAUUCUGUUAAUAAGCUGGCAAUGUAUACACUUUGUAUCUAGAAAAAAAUUUAUUGAGAAAUGUCUGAUCUGCUUUUUACCUAUUUAUGCGAAAAGUUCAUUUAGCAAUCUGCUAUUUUGCGUUUAGAAAUCGAUCUGAACUUGAUAGUUGAUUUGAUUUGCAUUGGUCUAAAUUAUCAGUUACACGAAACUACUAUGUUGUACCCACUUAGCUAUCAAAUGCUUAAUUAAAAAAAUAUUUUCUGAGCUUAGCAAUUAUCCUUUACCACCACUACAACUUGCCCUAAAUUGUAAUAAAAUUGAUAUGUGUUCAGUAGGCAUAUUAUUUCAAAUCUAUAUCAUGAUAGUUCCUUCCAGAUUUUUGUCAUAUAUUCUAGCAUACAAUAUGUUGUUUUGACGUAUGGGAAUAUAAAUUAAAAAACCCUACGUCAAAAUUGUCUUAAUGGAAAAUCGGGAGCGAACUUUAGAACGUAAGGUCUGGUUGUACAAUAAGGCGCAAUUCUACAAAAUUAUUUAAAGCACCGUAGUGUGUUCAUUAAAUGAAUAUAAAAAUUGCAUGCUUUACUUCAUGAGUGUAUAAUAUUAGAAUGUUGCGGACAUGGUUUAUUACUUGAUAUAUCACGAUAUGAGAAAAGGAGCAAGCACUAGGCCCCAAUAAGCAAAAUACGAUUUUGCUUGUUGUGGCUACUUAGCGCCAAAUAAAACCAUUUGUAUAUUUAAAUAAUUAAAAAUCCAGUUUAUUAUAUUAAUUCGGUUUUCUUAUCGGCUUCUAAUUACGGGGAAAAUCACGGCCAUUCGAAAAAAAAAACGUUUUAGUAUUCAAUAAGUUUAAGAAUGUAUCUUAUUUAAAAUGUACAAAUUCUCUGCGAAAAUUAAAAUUUUCAUUUUUAUUUUUCAAACUGGGCAUUGAAUAUGAAAUUUGGUCAGUUCAAUUUAAUUUAAACCUGUACAUAAUUGUAAAAUAAUGUGUUGCGAACUUUUUGUAAAUAUUAAAAAACUAGUGUAGUACUACAACUAAUUACUGCAGAAUUUAUGAUUUAUUUUUGUAAAAACCGAGACUAUUUGAAAAUGUCUUUUACAUAAUAAUAGCUUAUAAAUAUGUAAGAUUCACUAACGAAAUAUAUAUCUAAGUGUAAAUUUUAUAAACCAAAUUAGCAGUAAAAUCAUUUAGAUAAAAAGGGAAAUCAUCAGAGCAAUCUGUGAUAAAAACUAUUUUUCUAGCCUGAACUCCAAAAGACAUUUUUAAAUAGAAUACACUUUAAUCCAAGUAUUAAGAACACUGUAAUAUAACAUAGCCGUUGCCAUUAUUGCAUUGUUUCAAAAUUUAUUAUUUAUGACAUAUUUAUUUUAUUUAUCUUCAUUAGAUAGUUAAUUGUGGCAACCAAUUUAGUCAAGGGCACUUUGUCUCAUCUCAUGCUGACAAUAUGUAAUAAUGAAAAAAUAAUUAACUUCUGGCUCUAAUUCAUUGUUAAAAUUAUUGUCAUCAAAUUACUUUUUUCUUAGGAAUUCGAUUUGUUAAUCCGCCAUCCACAGAAAUAAAAGUACAAAAAAAACAAAUAUCAAGGGCGAGUGUAAAUGCAUAAAAAAGUUCCAGAGACAGAACUUUUCAUAUAUAUACUGUAUGUUUGAAGGAUCUAUUUGCCUUUUGAAAUAUUUCCAACAAAACAUAUUAGCUCUGCUGCUAGAGGUGCAUCGUUUUGCUAUAAGUAUUUGAUAAGUUUCUGUUAAUUAAGGUACCUUACAAUAAUUAACAACUUCUACACGUAAGUGAUAAAUGUAGGCUCUCAUAAAAUGUAAUUGUGAAUUUUAAACAUAUUAUCUUUAACAAAUGUUUUCUGCAAAAAACUGCACUAAGCUCUAUUAGCAUUUCCCAAAUAAGGUUGUUUAAUACCUACAGAUUCGGCAAAAACAAACGCUUGAUUUGUUGUCAGCAGAAAUGAAGUGUUUGUUCUUGAAUUCAACACGAAAAAGCAGAAUUAGGACGUACUAGGAAUCAUUAAGCUGAUUUACUAAUAAUUUUUAGCAUGUCCACAUCACUGAAAAAUACUGAUUUUAUACGCUGCGUUCGAGACUAUGUCUAGAAUAUCUUAGGAAACUGAUAAAAUCCGUAUGAAUCGUUGCUUGAAAACUUUACAUGUGUACGCUAUGUAUGAGUAAACAUGUAGGAUGCACGUAUAUAUGUUAGAUUCUAAAAGUUUUAAUAUUGUGUGAAGGUAAAAUGUAGAGUGAAACAUGGUAUAAUUACAUAUAAUAAUUUAGAACUUAUCUGACAAAAGUGAUGCAAAAAAAUUGAAAAAAAGGGUGUGUGAAUAUUUAGUUGUAAGUAGAUAUUCUCUGUUUUGUGGCGUAUUUAAAGUUUACGAUUAGAGUGCAUAUGAGAAAAUGUUAUAAAAAGUUUAAAAAAUAAAAUGUACUUAUGUUACA